GUGUAUGUGUGUGAGUGUGAGUGUGAUCAGGAAGAUCUUUGGCUUGUUCAGUACUCAAAUGUUAUACACAUCUAUGCAGUGGAAUGCUGCGAUAAGUUUACCAUCCUACCCUGUUAGUCAAACGUUUAUUUUAAUCAAUUAAUUAAUUUUAUUUGUUUCUUUCUUUCUUUCUUUUACUAUUAUACCCUCACUGGGGGCUGAGCCCCCCUUAAAUGAAAAUCCUAGAAUCGUCCCUGUGAACGAGUAAAAAAAUAAUUGAAUCUUUUGCUUUUUCUUAAUUUUUAAUCAAAGAGCCGACUCAAAGAGUCGAUUCGUUCCUUAGUGAAUCAGUUCCCGAAAGUGAAAGUGUUUGUUCUCCAGCUCCGACUCCAUUUUGUCUCAUCGCAGCGACUGAAACGGAGAAACGGUGUUGUUAAUGUCCAACAAGACGGACUGUUCAAUACAAGAAGUUCAACCAGCCAUCAUCUAGGAAAGUGGGAUAAUGUUCCUGUACAUCAAUAUCCCUAUAAGAGAUACCAGCAGAAGAGAUCAGUAUCAUCAGUGACUCAGCAGUGUCUCCAUAAACUGUCUGUUCAUACACUAAUAUUCAAAAAUGGAGAUCACUGAUCUGGACACAGAUAUGACCCCAACGCUAAUGAAGUGUAAACUUCAGAAAGAGAGAUCAGACUCACCAGCAGUCAGCUGUGUCUCCAUGAAGAGUAAAGAGUCUAUGGACCCUCCUUUGACCUUUAAAACUGCUGAUUCCUCACCUUUAUACAGUGUUCUACAGGAGGCACAAAAGAGAAGAAAAAAGAACAUCAUGACAUUUACAGGAAACACCCCAGAAUCUGCUGAUGUUCCUGAACUCCAGAAAAAGUUCAAAUUAAAUCUGAAGAAGUUUCAGUGUUUAAAUGGAGAGAUGAUAAACCUGGGAACCCAAACACUCCUGAAUGAGAUCUACACAGAGCUCUACAUCACAGAGGGAGACAGUGGAGACGUCAAUAAUGAACAUGAGGUGAGACAGAUCGAGGCAACAUCCAGGAGAACAACAACAAGAGAGGAAACACCAAUCAAAUGUAAUGACAUCUUUAAGCCUUUAUCUGAACAAGACAAACCCAUCAGAACUGUUCUGACAAAGACCUCAUCUGAACAAGACAAACCCAUCAGAACUGUUCUGACAAAGACCUCAUCUGAACAAGACAAACCCAUCAGAACUGUUCUGACAAAGACCUCAUCUGAACAAGACAAACCCAUCAGAACUGUUCUGACAAAGGGAGUCGCUGGCAUUGGAAAAACAGUCUCUGUACAGAAGUUCAUUCUGGACUGGUCUGAAGGAAAAACAAAUCAGGACGUCCACCUCAUAUUUCCACUUCCUUUCAGAGAGCUGAAUUUGAUGAAGGACCAAAAACUGAGUCUGAUGGAGCUCCUUCAUGUCUUUUUUAAGGAAAUAAAAGAAACAGAAAUGUCCAGAUUGGAAAAGGUUCUGUUCAUUUUUGAUGGAUUGGACGAGUGUCGUUUUCCUCUGGAUUUCCAGAACACAGAGAGAGUGUGUGAUGUAACUGAAUCAGCAUCAGUGCAGGAGCUGCUGAUAAACCUGAUCAAAGGGAAUCUGCUUCCCUCUGCUCUCAUCUGGAUCACCUCCCGACCAGCAGCAGCUGAUCAAAUCCCCUCUGAGUGUGUGCAUCGAGUCACUGAGAUACGAGGGUUCAAUGACCCACAGAAGGAGGAGUAUUUCAGGAAGAGGAUCAGUGAUCAGAGCCUGGCCAAUAACAUCAUCACACACCUGAAGUCAUUAAGAAGUCUCUACAUCAUGUGCCACAUCCCAGUCUUCUGCUGGAUUUCAGCCACUGUUCUAGAGAGGAUGUUGGGUGAAGCAGAGACUGGAGAGAUCCCCAAGACUCUGACUGAAAUGUACACACACUUCCUCAUCAUUCAGACAAACAUCAUAAGAGGAAAAUACUCACAGAAGCAGGAGAGUGAUGAAGAAAUGCUUCUUAAACUGGGACAACUGGCUUUUCAGCAGCUGAAGAAAGGGAACCUGAUCUUCUAUGAGGAAGACCUGAGAGAGUGUGGCAUUGAUGUGAGAGAAGCAGCAGUGUACUCAGGUGUGUGUACACAGAUCUUCAGAGAGGAGUUUGGGCUUCACCAGAGUAAAGUGUACUGCUUUGUUCAUCUGACCAUUCAGGAGCAUUUGGCAGCUCUCUAUGUGCACAUGGCAUUUAUGAAAGAAAACAGUAAUGUUCUUAAUCAGAGUCAGGUCUGUAACACAAUUUCAGAUGUCCACAAGUCUGCAGUAGAGCAGGCAUUAGAAAGUCAAACUGGACAUCUGGACCUUUUCCUUCGCUUUCUUCUGGGUCUCUCACUGGAGUCCAAUCAGAAACUCUUACAUGCCUUAAUAACACAGACAGGAAGUAGCUCCUACAGCAAAGAGGAAACAGUUCAGUACAUUAAGCAGAAGAUCAGUGAAGAUCUUCCUCCAGAGAAAUCCAUCAAUCUGUUCCACUGUCUGAAUGAACUGGGUGAUAAUUCUCUAGUGGAGGAAAUCCAACGCUACCUGAAAUCUGGAAAACAAAGUGAACUCUCUUCCUCACAGUGGUCUACUCUGGUGUUUGUGUUACUGACCUCAGAACAGGAUCUGGAGGAAUUUGACCUGAAUAAAUAUUUCAGUCCAGAGAAGAUAACAGAUCUGGUUCUUCUGAAGAUGAUGCCUGUGAUUUCAGCAUCCAGAAAAGCAAUUAUCAGGUGUAAUAAGAUUGAAGGCAGUGGUGUUGAAUCUCUGGCAUCAGUGCUCAGAUCAGAAACCUCCAAUCUGAAAGAACUCCAUCUGAUUGUGGAUACACUGGAUCUGUCUUGGAAUAAUCUAGGAGAUUCAGGAGUGAAGAGACUCUGUGCUGUAUUGGAGAAUCCUCAGUGUAAAGUGAAGAAACUGUGGUUGUAUGAUUGUAAUUUCUCAGAUGAAGACUGUUCUGCUCUGACUUCAGCUCUGAGAUCAAACCCCUCACACCUGAGAGAACUGGAUCUGUCCUGUAAUAAUCUAGGAGACUCAGGAGUGAAGAGUCUCUCUGCUCUACUGGAGAAUCCUCUCUGUAAACUGGAGACACUGAGGUUGGAGUGUUGUCGUGUCUCAGAUGAAGGCUGUUCUGCUCUGACUUCAGCUCUGAGAUCAAACCCCUCACACCUGAGAGAUCUGAAUCUGUCCUGGAAUUAUCUAGGAGACUCAGGAGUGAAGAGUCUCUCUGCUCUACUGGAGAAUCCUCUCUGUAAACUGGAGACACUGUGGUUGUUGUGUUGUCGUGUCUCAGAUGAAGACUGUUCUGCUCUGACUUCAGCUCUGAGAUCAAACCCCUCACACCUGAGAGACCUGAAUCUGUCCUAUAAUAAACUAGGAGACUCAGGAGUGAAGAGUCUCUCUGCUCUACUGGAGAAUCCUCUCUGUAAACUGGAGACACUGUGGUUGGAGUAUUGUCGUGUCUCAGAUGAAGGCUGUUCUGCUCUGACUUCAGCUCUGAGAUCAAACCCCUCACACCUGAGAGAACUGAAUCUGUCCUGGAAUAAUCUAGGAGACUCAGGAGUGAAGAGUCUCUCUGCUCUACUGGAGAAUCCUCUCUGUAAACUGGAGACACUGAGGUUGUGUGGUUGUAAUUUCUCAGAUGAAGGCUGUUCUGCUCUGACUUCAGCUCUGAGAUCAAACCCCUCACACCUGAGAGAACUGAAUCUGUCCUGGAAUAAACUAGGAGACUCAGGAGUGAAGAGUCUCUCUGCUCUACUGGAGAAUCCUCUCUGUAAACUGGAGACACUGAGGUUGGAGUAUUGUGGUGUCUCAGAUGAAGACUGUUCUGCUCUGACUUCAGCUCUGAGAUCAAACCCCUCACACCUGAGAGAUCUGAAUCUGUCUAGGAAUAAUCUAGGAGACUCAGGAGUGAAGAGUCUCUCUGCUCUACUGGAGAAUCCUCUCUGUAAACUGGAGACACUGAAGUUGUGGGAUUGUGAUUUCUCAGAUGAAGACUGUGCUGCUCUGACUUCAGCUCUGAGAUCAAACCCCUCACACCUGAGAGACCUGAAUCUGUCUGAGAAUAAUCUAGGAGACUCAGGAGUGAAGAGUCUCUCUGCUCUACUGGAGAAUCCUCUCUGUAAACUGGAGACACUGAAGUUGGAGUAUUGUCGUGUCUCAGAUGAAGACUGUGCUGCUCUGACUUCAGCUCUGAGAUCAAACCCCUCACACCUGAGAGAACUGGAUCUGUCCUUUAAUAAUCUAGGAGACUCGGGAGUGAAGAGUCUCUCUGCUCUACUGGAGAAUCCUCUCUGUAAACUGGAGACACUGUGGUUGCGUAGGUGUGAUUUCUCAGAUGAAGGCUGUUCUGCUCUGACUUCAGCUCUGAGAUCAAACCCCUCACACCUGAGAGACCUGGAUCUGUUUGGGAAUAAUCUAGGAGACUCAGGAGUGAAGAGUCUCUCUGAUCUAAAGAGGGAAAAUCACAAUCUACAGACAGUGAAUUGGUGAUGAACAUCUGUGGACGAGAUGAAGACUCUGGUGUUCCUGCAUUUCCAUGUUGGGGAUCAGACUUUUAAUACACUGAGUGUCACUGAUCACUUUAUUAGGAAUAACUGUACACCUGCUCCUUCCUGCAAUUAUCUAAUCAGCCAUUCAUAUGAUAAUUCAUAAACUCGUGUUGAUAAAUAUACUGUAUAUAAAAAUAAAUGCAGAUACAGAUCACAUGUACAAAGAAAAUAAAGUGUUAGAAACAUUCA